GAGAUGGUCACUUUGGUGCCUAUCUUCUCGGUCAAAGGGAUUGGCCUAUUGUUGAACAUAUAGGCAUGUCGCCUCCUGGUAUUCUUUUGCGAUGGUCGCUGACUAUUGUUCAGUCUCUUCUCUUUCUCAUUCUCUUAUUGUCCCGGUAUCGGUAAAGCUCAGGCUAUGCCAGCCUGUCGAAAAGACCUCGGUGUUGGCUCAAAGGCUUGAAGCAGACGGAGUGUCCUGGAUCACUCUACAUGCUCGAACGGUAUCAGCGCGUCGUAGAAGAAAUGGUCCAGCAGAUCUUUCACAGGUGAAGGCUCUUAAAGAGACCCUUCGGGUGCCAGUAAUCAGCAAUGGCAACGUUCGCGAGUGGAGCGAUAUCCAAAGUAACUUCGAUUAUACGGGAGCGGAUGGUGUGAUGGUUGGGGAGACGCUACUUGGAAACCCGUGUAUCUUCUCCGGCACGGUACCAGACCCCGUGGACAUCUCGCUGGAGUACUUGCAGCAUUGUCGUGAUUAUCCCGGUACAGCGACCUUUCCUACCAUCCAAACCCAUAUUAGACAUUUCAUAGAUUUUCAAUGUGGCCGGAAACCAUGGUACCAGAAGUUUCGUGCAGCUCUUGGUUCAUGUUGUGAUGUCGACGAUGUUGAGCAGAUGCUCAGAACGAAAGUUGAGCGUUGGAGGGGAAGGCCCUUCAGAUCCGACAAUGGUCUCGAAGCACACGAAGAUGUGCAGGCUGGCGGUACAGAUAACGUGGACCUGACAUUAUUGGGUUGAUAUUUGUCGUUGAAGGAAUUGUUGGUGGUCGCUACAUUUGCCAUGCUUACAGAUGUGCCUGCUUUUCCUACGUACAGUAUAAUAUGUAAUAAGAGUCACCCUAUCACUGCUGAUUUUGGCAAGUACAUAC